AUGGACCAGGAGAACUCUCAACUACGUAAUUUCCAUGGAUUGUUAGUUUUGGCGAGGCUCUUGGAUGAUUACAUUUCCAAAACUCUUCAGCAAGAUGCGGUGAAGGAUGAUACGAUGGUGCAAAAUGACCUCAAGUGGACGCAAACCGAAAUUAAGGAAACAAUCUCCAGAGUGUCUCCAUUGGCGUCAACACUGACAUCAAAUAACUCCUCAUCGAAUGCGGAAAAGAAGGAGAUUUUUGUUCAGGUCUGCGCUUACUUUGGAGGUGUGUUGGAUAAUGUUAUCGUGAUCUUUAAAGAGACUACAGAACUGUCAAUGUUACCUACUCUCGAGACGUUGCAAAAUAAUUUAUGUGCUAUAGAAAGCGGUGGAGAUGCAGGCGGAGAUCUUUCUUUGUUGAUAAAAGAAGCUAUAGAGCAAUUACAAAGACAGAGAUAA